CGGAAAAAUUAUCAUAGCUUUUUAUUUUUUUGGGACAACUAAAGGGGUUUAAUUAAAAUAAUGAACAUUUUUGCAGGGAUCAAUUAGAGAAAUUUCGAAUGGUAUUUUUUUUUCACUGUUCAUUACACUGCUGGUUGGGUCAAGGGGGGUUGGGGUUGCUGACUCCUAUAUACUAUAGUGGUACAGUCUCGACGGUGUGCUGGACGGUGUCAUGGAGGUACGUUGAUAUACCUCAAUAAUUCUGCAAACACCCUAAACAAGAAAAAACAAGUAAAUUAAUAAUUUAAAGAACGUCAAAUUGUCGAGUUUGCUUACUACUAAUUUUAUUAUUUACAUUAAACAAAUGUUUUCCCAACUUGAAAUAUAUUUAAAUAAUUAUAAUAUUGGUGAAGAUGGUGAAAAUAUCUUGAUUUUAUACGAAAACUACGAAAUAUUUACAACCAUUCUACGGUUUUUGACAAUCAACUUGGCGAAAUAUUCAAUCCGGCCAAACAUUAACAUCUAUUGUUUAUUUAUUGAAUGUGAUAGUAUCGAUGAGAAUGCAGUAUUCUAUAGAAUAACAAAUAAUUUCUUCAAGAAAGGAGGGAAACUUAACUUCAAAGGCUACACAGUCUCUCUAAGUGAUUUUUUUGUUAAUGAAAGGAUACUAAUAAAAUCUAUAAAAACUUGUAAAGUUGAUAAAGAUUUAAAGAAAUGUUAUUCAUAUUCAAACAAAUUAUUAAGCAGUACAUUAAAUCAAGAUCUAAUAUUAAAAAUGCAAUACAAAGUUGUUUGCUCUGCCGCUAGGUCAUUAAACUGUGCUACUGUUAUUUUUAAUAAAUGUACCAUCACUUCAACAUCUGAUAUUAUAAGUAGUAUGAUUCUAGGUCAUAAGAGUAUUAUAUCAUUUCAAGGUUUCCAUUGUAAAAAAAAUAUGAAUAUUCAAGUGUUAUACCCUAUGGACAUUUUCAAUUUAAGUAUUCCUACUAAUGUUUACAGUCAUGAGAAUUAUAGAAACUAUGACAAAAAUGUAAAUAAGUUCGAAGGCCAUAUACAGAAAUUGACUAAAGAUUUCAUUUUAAAACUGAAUUCGGUUGACAAUAUCAUUAAAACACUUAAUGAGCUAAGUAAAAAGUUAGACCUUGAUUAUAGCUUCUCUGCUAAUAAAUAUUGCAAACUUUGUUACCAAUCAAUUGAUAUAUGUGUACCUUCAUCGAUUGUGAAUGCAAAGCAGUUUUCUGUAUCUAUAUCUAGAAUUGGAAACUUAAUAAGAAUAGUACAAAUCAAUAAUUUAAAAGAAAAAAUAUUUAAUAAUAAUCUUCGUUUUCCCCUUACGUAUUUUAAUAUAUCUGCAGAACCUUGUACUCCAUCACUUAACUUUAAGAAAUUAUACUGUGCAAUGAAUUUCUGUUAUUCAUGUAUUACAUAUAUUGUAAGAUGUAAAAAAGUAUCAUGGGAAAUAGAUGUUUCCAAUCAUUUUAUUGAAAAGUAAUACAAUAUGCAACUAAAAAACUUUAUUUUUUGUGUAUAUCAUUAUAUAUUUCGUAGUUCAAUCAAAUUCUAUAUCUCAUUAUAUUAUUAAAUAAACCGGAAAAAUCUCUUUCAACAAAUUGUAACAUAGAAUCACCGCUCUAUCGGUCUUCUACCAUUUAAGGUUCUUGCUGCUGUCCGUGCACAUCGCCAGGUUGAAAGUGUGUAUGUGUAUGCAUUUUUUCAUGCUUGAGUAAUUUAUAUUACUUGCUUAAGUAAUAUAAAUCUGAAACAACAUUGAAUGAAACAUUUGCUCUGUGCAUUAGAUCGGGCGUGAGAAUGACGUAUAUGC